CACCCCCCCCCCCCCCCCCGAGCGCACCGUAUCGUUGGCUACUUGGCUCUGUCUAGGGUUUUAGCCCUCACCGCCACCUCCCCCCUCCCCUCCGCCGCACCCUCCUCCUCGCGAGUCUCACACGAAUCCCGAGCCCCCACAACCCGCCGGGCGACGAAAGGCGGCGCCGGCGGCCGAAAUGGACCGGUACCAGAGGGUGGAGCGGCCGCGGCCCGAGUCGACCAUCGAGGAGAACGAGAUCCGCAUCACCGCGCAGGGCCUCAUCCGCAACUACGUCUCCUACGCCACGUCCCUCCUCCAGGAUCGAAGAAUGAAAGAGAUUGUUUUGAAGGCCAUGGGACAGGCCAUCAGUAAGUCUGUUGCUGUUGCAGAGAUUAUCAAGAAAAGAGUCCCUGGAUUAUAUCAGGAUACCAGUAUCAGUUCUGUCAGCAUCACUGAUGUCUGGGAACCAAUAGAAGAAGGCCUUGUCCCAUUGGAGAUGACUAGGCAUGUUUCGAUGGUUUCGAUUACUUUGUCUCCCAAAGAGCUGGACAAGAACACUCCUGGGUACCAAGCUCCAGCCUAUAUUGAACAACCCAGGCAACAGCAGCACCUCCAGCAGGUGCCACCACUGCAGCGCCAACCUCGCCGACCACCAGGCCAAUACCAGCAGCUUGAUUAUGAAGACUCCUAUGCACAGGGUCAAGGUAGAGGAAGGGGCCGUGGACGUGGAAGGGGUUGGGGUCGAGGAGGCUACGGUGGAUAUGGAAACAACCAAGGUGGGUACAACCAAGGUGGUGGGUAUUAUGGUAAUCAAGGAGGAUAUGGUGGCUAUGAUAGCGGGUAUGGUGGUGGAUAUGGCUACAACCAAGGCAGAUAUGGAAACUAUCAAGAAAAUGGUGGAUAUAACCGAGGGCGAGGCGGUAUGCGUGGAAGAGGCAAUUGGGGUUACCGUGGAGGGUAUGAAGGAGGCAGGGGUGGUGGAUAUGCGCAAGGCAGGGGUGGCUAUGAAGGUGGAAGGGGUGGGUAUGAAGGAGGCAGGGGUGGUGGAUAUGAGCAAGGCAGGGGUGGCUAUGAAGGUGGAAGGGGUGGCUACGAAGGUGGAAGGGGUGGGUAUGAAGGAGGCAGGGGUGGUGGAUAUGAGCAAGGCAGGGGUGGCUAUGAAGGUGGAAGGGGUGGCUAUGAAGGAGGCAGGGGUGGUGGAUAUGAGCAAGCCAGGGGUGGCUAUGAAGGUGGAAGGGGUGGGUAUGGAGGAGGCAGGGGUGGCGGUGUUUUUGGUGGAAGGGGAUAUGGUGGCCGUGGAAGGGGAAGAAUGGGUGGCCGCGGGCAAGGGAACUGAGCACAGGCAGAAAAUCCAUGGGCUUCUGGUGUUCCUUCAAUGCAUGCUUUAUUAAUAUCAGGGGAAAAGAGAAAUCUGAGGAUUUGUGUUGGAAGCCGUCAGUUGUGUAAGGUCUCUGUUAUUUUCCCUGAGCGCGAGGUUUGGUUGUGAGCAUAAUGCUUUUCCGAGUUAUCAUGUAGUCAUCUUUUUGAAUGUUUCUGCCGCCGAGGUUGCUUGUUUUCCCAAUAGUCGUUGAAUGCUGAGCGUGCUGCCCUAUGUUCAUGCCCGUCUUAUUAUCAGAUGGAAACUCGCCCCUUGUGUUAAAUUGUCCAUUCUAUUUCUGCA